GGGACCCUAACCAGGCACGCGUUAUGCGUGUGAAUCGCACGCCCGAAGAUAAGGGUCCGAACGCGUGCCGGUCACUACCCACACACGCUUCCCUCGUGUAAAACCUCCGUCCUUUUUCUCUCUCCGCCGCUGGAUCUCCGCCGGAAAAUUUAAUAAGUGUUAUUCCUUUUUAAUCUUCGUCUUGGGAACCGGACCCCGACGGAGGUCUCCGCUUUCUAUUCGUCCGUUGAGAUCUGAACGCGAGGAAUGUGAUAUUUCUCAACGGGGUUCGUGACGAAAACAUAGCUUUUAUCACAUGAAUUAAGGUAAAUGAUACAUGUCUCGAGCUAUCUUUGGACACAUGUGGUCAUAAGAAUAGCAGAAGUACAAGAUGGUUGUUGAAUGUUUCAUGGCAAACAAAUCACAUAAAUAAUGUACGUCUCUAUUUCCUUUUCCGUAUAUUGCCAAGGAUCAUCUUUAUAUGUGUAAAGUUUGAUCCUUUAUGAAAUUCACUCAAUUAUACUUAGUGUAAGAUAAUUUUGAGACAAUCGGUUGGACUACCCGGACAUGUAAACACAUGCAGUUACUAUAUAAAGAAUGUUCUGAUUAUACAUAAUAUUGGGGCUAUGGGCUAUGUUGCUUUCACCAGGAGUCCUAAAUUUUAAGAUUUAUGCUUGACAAACAAGAUAAAGGAGAAAACUAGGAAAACUUAUGGCAGCAGAGAUGCAGAGAUUCGGAAUGAGUGAAGAUGAUGAUGAUGAUGAAAUUGGGAUGGAUGUGAAGGAGGAAGAUGAUGACGAUGAUGAUGAAGAGAAGAACAUGACGACUCCUGAUAUGGUUGGUGGUGAUGUGGGUAUUGUAUCAACAAGCAGCAGUAAUAGGUUUAUGCAGCACCACCAAUUUCAAGAGCAGCUAACUCCACAAGGAGGAUCUAGGAGGUGUAGGCCACAAGAAGAGAAGGAGAGAACAAAGCUACGCGAGCGACAACGUAGAGCAAUAACUGCAAAAAUUUUAGCUGGACUUCGGAGGCAUGGGAACUAUAAUCUUAGAGUCAGGGCUGACAUCAAUGAUGUCAUUGCUGCUUUGGCAAGGGAAGCCGGUUGGGUUGUUCUUCCUGAUGGAACCACCUACCCUUCCAGAUCACAGGGCACGAGACCUGCAGGAUGUACACCUCCUGCAGUGGUGACGUUGUCAUCUCCACAUAUGCCAGCAGAACACACGUCACCUACUUCCUUAAGAGGCAUUUCACCUGGUUAUCAGAGUACAGUCAAUUAUAAUGUCAGCCACAUGAAAGGCAGUUUUGUUUCAUCUCCUUAUGAUGUGUCCCCCAGCGCUAGAUCUCAGAGUUCAGCUAUGAUGGGUGAUGGAGGAGGCAUUCAGAGUGAUCCUCCACUUGGAGGUUCCAUGGAUUCAGUCCAAAAUAGGCAGGUUAUGGAUGUUUCUGGCAAGGUGCUGGAGCGUGAUUUCGCUGGCACACCAUAUGUUCCUGUUUUUAUUAUGUUACCCCUGGGUGUGAUCAAUAUGAAGUGUGAGCUUGUUGAUCCCGAUGGUUUAGUGAAACAACUUAAAUUCUUGAAAUCAGUUAACAUUGAUGGUAUUAUGGUUGAUUGCUGGUGGGGUAUAGUGGAAGCGCAUGCUCCACAGGAGUACAAUUGGAAUGGAUACAAGAGGUUGUUUCAAAUCGUGCGGCAGCUUAAAAUGAAGUUACAGGUUGUAAUGUCCUUUCAUGAAUGUGGUGGUAAUGUUGGUGACGACGUUUGUAUUCCCCUGCCUCACUGGGUGGCUGAAAUUGGUCGCAGCAAUCCUGACAUAUUUUUCACCGAUAAAGCGGGAAGACGUAACCCUGAAUGUCUUUCAUGGGGAGUUGACAAGGAAAGGGUUUUGAGAGGCCGGACUGCCAUAGAGGUUUACUUUGACUAUAUGAGAAGCUUCCGGGUUGAAUUUGAUGAAUUCUUUGAUGAUGGCAUUAUCUCUACGGUUGUUGUUGGACUUGGUCCAUGUGGAGAGCUAAGAUACCCAUCCAAUCCUGUAAAACAUGGUUGGAGAUAUCCUGGUAUUGGUGAAUUCCAGUGCUAUGAUCAGUAUAUGUUGAAAAGCCUUCGUAAGGCAGCUGAAAUUAGGGGACACUCCUUUUGGGGGCGAGGACCAGAUAACGCAGGUUCCUACAAUUCACGGCCGCAUGAAACUGGAUUUUUCUGUGAUGGAGGUGAUUAUGAUGGAUAUCACGGCAGGUUUUUUCUCAGUUGGUACUCUCAUGUUUUGGUUGACCAUGGUGAUCGGGUGCUUUCUCUGGCAAAGUUAGCUUUCGAAGGCAGUUGCAUUGCAGCAAAGAUUUCCGGAAUUCAUUGGUGGUACAAGACAGCUAGCCAUGCUGCUGAAUUAAUUGCUGGAUUUUAUAAUCCAUGCAAUCGAGAUGGUUAUGCUGCUAUUAUGGCAAUGUUGAAGAGACACGGGGCAGCACUAAACUUUACAUGUUCUGAAAUAAGCAUGUUAGAUCAGCAUAUGGAAUUCUCUGAGGCACUGGCUGAGCCCGAGGGAUUAGCCUGGCAAGUAUUGAAUGCUGCAUGGGAUGUUUGCAUACCAGUUUCUAGUGAAAAUGCUCUUCCAUGCCAUGACCGGGAUGGUUAUAACUAUUUACUGGAAAAGGCAAAGCCAAUGAGUGAUCCAGAUGGCAGGCAUUUUUCUUCUUUUACCUAUCUAAAACUCAGCCCACAUCUCUUGGAAAGACGCAACUUUGUUGAAUUUGAACGAUUCAUCAAGAGAAUGCAUGGAGAAGCUGUACUCGAGUAUCAGACAUAGUUGCAGAACUCCCGACUUGUAUUCAAGUUGAGGCCGGAGAGGGAACCAUUUUAGGUACACUAGUAAAGGAAAUGAAGUAUACAGUGGAUCCUUUUAUCAUUCUGUUAAUAUAGAGUAACAAAUCAGCUGAUCAAUUCUACAGUACUUGUUGAGGGAUUCAAUUCAACCUGUGGAAUUAUAUAAAUUAUAGAUUUUUAUUUUAGGUUCUGUUUAAUGAACGUACAGUCUGCUUCAAAUUUAUCUGCCCUGCAUUCCAUGCUCAAGUGCAAACUUCCAGUUGGGUAACCUUUGGCUCUCUGGUCAUUCCCAAAAUUGAGUCUUUGACUAAGCUUAUAUACGAGUAAAGGUUGUUUUUA